AUGGGUACCUCGGUCAUUCUUCCUGCGGAGUGGCAAGGCAGACUAGCAACGAUAGGCUCCCCAUCACUGCUCGAUGUGAACCAAGCAACGUUUAUGGCGCAGCUCUCCGAGCUAGCGGGACUAUAG